GGAGGCCGCGGCGCUGCCCGGCCCCGCACCGGGCCCCGGCCACAGAUUCCUCUCCCUCCGAGCAGCUGAGAAAGCGCAAUGGGAGUUCAAGGACUUUGGAAGCUGCUUGAGUGCGCUGGGAGACCCAUCAACCCAGAGACGCUGGAAGGGAAGAUUCUUGCUGUUGACAUCAGUAUUUGGUUGAACCAAGCAAUCAAGGGAGCCAGAGACCGUGGUGGUAGUUCCAUACGGAAUGCUCACCUCCUCACUCUGUUUCAUCGGCUGUGCAAGUUACUGUUUUUCCGAAUUCGGCCUGUCUUUGUUUUUGAUGGAGAGGCACCACUUCUGAAGAGACAAACCUUGGCUAAGCGAAGGCAGAGGAAGGAACUUGCCAUCAGUGAUUCCAGGAAAACUGCAGAGAAACUCUUGAAAACAUUUUUGAAGAGACAGGUGAUUAAAACUGCACUUAAAAACAAAAGCAAUGAAGCUUUUCCCAGUAUUACAGAAGUUCGGAGAGCAGAAAUUGAUGAUAUGUAUGCAUUGCCUUCUUUAGAGGAUGAAGAGAAGAACAGUUCAGAGGAGGAAGAUGAAAAAGAAUGGCAAGCGAGAAUGAGCCAAAAACAAAUGUUGCAGGAAGAGCUAUGUGAAAAUCCUCAUUCUGUAGAUAUUGAAUCAGAAGAUUUCCACAAGUUGCCUCCAGAAAUAAAACAUGAGAUCUUGACUGAUAUAAAAGAAUUUACAAAGCGGAAAAGAACAUUAUUUGAAGCAAUGCCAGAGGAGUCUGAUGACUUUUCCCAGUACCAGCUUAGGGGGUUGCUUAAGAAAAGCAGCCUCAAUCGGUGCAUAGAAAAUGUAGAAAAAGAAUUGAAUCAACAGCACUCAGGUGAAAUCCAAACACAAUAUGAAAAUGAAGGUGGUUUUGUGAAAGAAGUGGAAACGAGGAGGGUAGUCUCUGAAGAUACAUCUCACUAUAUCCUAAUAAAGGGCAUUCAAGCAAAAGAAGCUACAAGUAGAGACUUGGAAACUGCUGCAGGAUCCUCUUCAAAAGUGCUUGAAUUUAUUAAAUCGAGUAAAAUCGAUGAGUCUCUUGCUAGUGCAAAGCUAGCUGCCUCUGACAAGUGUCCCACAGAGAAGGAUAACAAUGUGGUGGCAGCACCACCCUCUCCUCGGACAUUGCUUGCUAUCCAGGCAGCUAUGGUAGAAAGCAGCUCAGAGGAAGAACUGGGGGAUGAAGAUACAGGACGAUUGAAGGUGGAUGUGUCUGUAACAGAGGAAGGCAGGGUGUCUCCAAGAGCAAAAAUGCUUGAAUUUAUUAAAUCGAGUAAAAUCAAUGAGUCUCAUGCUAGUGCAAAGCUAGCUGCCUCUGACAAGUGUCCCACAGAGAAGGAUAACAAUGUGGUGGCAGCACCACCCUCUCCUCGGACAUUGCUUGCUAUCCAGGCAGCUAUGGUAGAAAGCAGCUCAGAAGAUGAACUGGGGGCUGAAGAUACAGGACGAUUGAAGGUGGAUGUGUCUGUAACAGAAGAAAGUAGGGUGUCUCCAAGAACACUACAGGCAAUUCAGCAAGCUCUGAGUGAUGGUAAUAAAAGGGAGGAAGUUGUUACUGUUAGAACUGAUGCUGUGCUACCAGAAAGAUCAGAAGAGAAAGAUUUUCUGCUUAGGAGCUCAGAUGAGGAAGAUGAGAUUCCUGAAGUUAAGGAGGGUAAAAAAACACCUACACCUACAACUCAUUUGUCACACCAAGUGAUUAUGCAAGACCCUGAAUUUGAGCAAAAGAGUCAGGAGUUAGAAAAAAAUCUUAUUACAUCCAAGGUCACCAGUAUAUCCAGAGCUGAAAAUUGCUCUUGUGUUGACAAUACUAGAAGAGGCAAAGAAGAUGUGGAUAAAGAAGAGAAUGGUUCCAAAAUGGACUUAAAUUCCUUGAGAAAUAAGGAUAUAAACUUGUCAAGCAGUUCCCCUCUACAAACCGGUAUGGGGGCUUUGAUUCAGUCUGAAACAACAGACCUUUCUAAAAAUGAGGAAAGUCUGAAAAGUUCUGAAAAGAUUGAGGAAGUAAUUUUGCAAGCAGAAGAGAAUGUAUCUGAGGUGCAGAAGGAUACUAGACUUCUCCCAGAAGCAGAAGGUUCCGAGGAGAAAAGAGAAGGGAUAUCCCAGUCUGAAGACAGUGAUUCUGAUGGAAGCUUUAUUGAAGUGGAUACUGAAAUCAAUAACGAGGCUGAGUUUCCUGCUAAAUACAGUGAAAAACUGGGUGAUGAGACAGUGCUUCCAGAAGUGGAGAUAAACAGACAUAAUAUUGUCACACAGGACCUGGUGAAGGAGUCUGAUGAUGAUGAAAUGCAGUUUGCAAAUGAUCAGAAUGUUGAAAGAGAAGAUGACAGUAAAGAUGCACAUAAUGAGUGGCAAGGCAUCAGUUUGGAAGAACUAGAAGAAUUAGAGAAUGACCUCUCUGCUGAGCAGAACAUGCUUCAGACUCAAAAACAGAAACAGGAACGUGUUGCUGCUUCUGUAACAGGACAGAUGUUCUUGGAAAGCCAGGAACUUCUCCGUCUGUUUGGCAUUCCAUAUAUUGAAGCUCCGAUGGAGGCAGAGGCGCAGUGUGCAAUGUUGGACCUUACUGAUCAGACCUCAGGGACCAUCACUGAUGAUAGUGACGUUUGGUUAUUUGGUGCACGACAUGUUUAUAAAAAUUUCUUCAGUCAAAACAAAUAUGUGGAGUAUUACCAGUAUGUUGAUUUUCAAAACCAGCUAGGGUUGGAUCGAAGCAAGCUAAUUAAUUUGGCAUACUUGCUUGGAAGUGACUACACUGAGGGCAUCCCAAAUGUUGGCUUUGUAACAGCGAUGGAGAUUUUAAAUGAGUUUCCUGGACAUGGAUUGGAACCUCUCCUAAAAUUCGCUGAGUGGUGGAAUGAGGCUCAGAAGAAUAAGAAACUGAGACCAAAUCCACAUGAUACCAAAGUAAAGAAGAAGCUGCGGGAGCUGCAGCUUUCUGCCGGUUUCCCAAAUCCAGCAGUGGCAGAAGCAUACCUGAAGCCUGUGGUGGAUGAGACAAGGGGUUCGUUCACCUGGGGAAAGCCUGAUGUAGAGCAGAUCAGAGAAUUCUGUCAGGAUCACUUUGGCUGGACUAGGACAAAGAUAGAUGAAAUCCUUUUGCCAGUGAUGAAACAGCUGAACUUGCAGCAGACUCAGCUUCGAAUUGAUUCAUUCUUCAGACUAGCACAGCAUGAAAAACAAGCUAUUAAAAGUCAGAGGCUGCGCAGAGCUGUGACUUGCCUGAAGAGAAAGGAAAAAGAAGUCGAUGAAAUUCAGGAGGCUGCUGCUGUUAUGGAGAUUGAACCUAAACAGCGUGAGGAAAGGAAAGGGGAAGGUGCUGCAGGCUGUGCAAAUUAUCAGGCUGUGGCAACAGAAAUCCAAAGUGGAAAGAGAAGAAAACAUUCAGAUUCCAGGAAAGAACAUUUGUAUGGAGGUGGCUUUAUUGGGAAUUUGCAUCUUUCGGAAACCUCUAGUGACUCCUCAGUAGAGCAGUUGGAAAGCAGACAUUUAGGCAAGAGCAAAAAGAGGAGGAAUGUCUCUGCAAUGGAGACAGCAGACCAUAAACAGAAGAAGGGAUGCAGUAGCUCAAGUGAUGAGGAUGAAGAACUGGGAAAUGUUGUCAUGGUGACUGCCAAGCCUGUGUUUGAAGGCAGAAGAAAGAAAUCACAGCGUAAGAGAGGAAGAAAAAAGAAAAAUUCUUAAAGAAAAAAGGUCUUUAAAAACCAAGGCUACAUGUGUGUGGGUUUUUAUGCCUUAAGCUUUGUAAAUAUUCUAAUGAAUUUUUGAUAAAUAAUAAAUUAUUCCUAUAUGUCA